GCUCGGGCAGUGGUAAUGGUUGGUAGGUUGGCUCGACGCUCGUGCGUUUUGUCUGUGUGCUUAUACAUGAAUACGUUGAGUGCCCUUCACACCAGGGAUUGAGCUGGUCUUGGGUUGUCCUGAGGGUGAGGGCUCCUUACUGGGGUUGUGCGCUCAAGGGUGGGGCUUCACGUCUUAAAUACAGCAUUAUGAAGGCUUCCUUCUCUUAAGACUAGGUGCGGCCAGAAGACUGCACAUGGGGACACCAUAUGUUGACAGGACGGGCGUCCCAGGAGUGAAGUGCGAGGGGGAACGCAUCAGAGGUGUAGGUGAUGAGAUUACGACCUGAGCCUCGCAGCGUCGGAACACACCCUUUACUCCCCCUCUGAUUUGUUUCCCACCUUUGGCGCUCCGGAUGUGCGAGGAAGGGGACUCUUUAUGGUGGUGGUGUGUUGAGCCGAGAGCAGUGAGGCGAUCUGCAGGGUACAGCAUCCCAGACAGACGGCGAAUCCGUCUAUAAGGAAAAUCGAUGGUGUGGGGGAGAACAGAGUAGUAUCAGUUGUGUCUGUGAUCUCCCCCCUCUUGCUGGUACAGCGGGUAGGGACGCCUCUACUGCUCGGACCUCUCCUUCACACUACCAUUGUAUGCCUGAGGAGCAUUGAUGCCGCUGGAGGCCAGCCCUGAGACUUUCUGGGGCCCCCACCACCGUAUUCCUGAGGAGCAUUGAGGCCGCUGGAGGCCAGCCCUGAAGCUCUCUGGGGUCCCCACCACCCGUCUGUGAUGAGCGAGGCAGGCAGUAUUAACCCUUAGGUGUACUCACAACAGAGAUCAUUAUAACCCUUGACCCUUGAUGAAAGAGCUGACACAGCCAUGUGACGUCAUACGAGACGUCAGUGAAGCAGUGAUAGAAUCCGUAGCUCAAUAUAUUGCCUAUUAUUAUAUCACUGUUGCUUGACAUUGUGUGGCUCGCGUGUGGUCGGUGUUAGUUGGAUAUAAAUUGAAGAAAAUCUGGCUUUAAAUUUGUUUUUAUGCAUACAUCAGUAUUUCGUAAUAUAUUCUAUAGUAAAUUCUUGUUAACUGUUUAAAGUUUGUGCUUGGUAAUGUAUAGUGAGAUGUGAUCUGUGAGGUUUGCGUUAGAAACUAGCCAUUAUCUGUGAUAUCGAAACCGAAUAUCCAAGAAGAAACCAAGACUAUAUAUCAAAUAUCUAAUUCAAUCUACAGAAACCUAGUUGUUUGUUAUACACAAAAAUGAACGUUUUCUGUCUAAAAAGGUCUAGACAAAACAGGAAUUCAACCGUCUAAAGCCAUUCGUUAGGCAACACAAAUUUUCAGGAAACCCGGACGUCCUUUGAUAGACGGCGCAAAGAAUUAUUAUGGAAAUUGGUGCUUAGUCACGAGGAAUGACAGUUAGACCGCGAUUUAUGCGCAGAUUCUCCAAAGAGAGAGGACGGGAGGUUUACGGCGCCCUCCUUCUCAUUGUUUUAUGCCUCUCCAGAGUUGUGGGGCUCAAGAUUAACACCAAAAUCAAAUGUAUCAAGGAGCGACUAGAAGACUCUAAGAACAUCAAGUGCGGGUAAAAGAAAAAAGCUAGAAAAAAUUUCAUCUUUUGGAAAAGGACAAGUUCAUCGUGCAGGCCACUAAGGGUGCUGGGGGCUGUUGUGUUCUCCUUGCAGCUGCUGUGUUCUCCCUGCAACUGGACGGUGACGCUGUACAUUGUCAGUCAACACACGGCCGUUGAACCGCUGCAACCAAUGUCCCGCUGACCCACUUGUGUUCCAACACCACCAAAUUAGGCUCCAGUUUGGUCUUAGGAUGAGGAUCGAGUUUAGUCUAAAAAUAAUGAAUGCCAUCUGGACUAUGUUAGUCCGUUAAAUGAGGUAAUCGCCCCUAAUACUGGUGUACAUAGAGCUGAUCGCCAGUCGUUUUUAACGAAAUUACGAAACGUGGCCACACUGGUUCCCCACUCGCUCGCGUUGAUUUGAAGAGGGAAUUACCGGUUAUCAUAUAUGAACUAGCUGGCAGGAAUCACCCUUCCUCUAUUCAACACGGCAGUUAAAUCUCCGGACAGUAUUCUACCUGUUAAUACAAGUAUUAUAGAUUUUUAUAUACGUCAUUGAUAUCCUCCGGAACUUAGGUGAUUUUGAAGGAAAUGGCUCGUCCAGUGCCAAGACUGCACCCGUGACAACCGCCACAUUACACUAUAAUUGUCAGUUAUUUAGCUGCCUGUGCCAGGCACUCUAGUGUUCGUGGCACUAUCACAAAGACUGAGAGUUUACACUAUCCCUACAGUGACCAAUAUACCGAAGAUUCUAAUGCGCUUGCAUCACUAGUGAAGUGUCGAAGGUUAAUUCAAAUCAACACUUAUUAUUAAUCUGAAAGAUAUCUCGUUACGGUGAAGGAAGCAAAGAGGCGGUAGCCGCAAUGGUGAAAAUGGUGCCUCGCCGCGGGUGGCUGCGGCUCUCGUUCUUGGGCCUGCUAGCCGCAUGCGCCCUGGUGUACGCCUACUACUACUCCUCCGGCACGCCUAACCCGCACCUGCUGAAGGACAAGCCGCAGGAGGCCAUGAGGGCAGGAGAGCGAAGGGCGGAGAGACAGAGCGAGGUGGUGGAGGACGGCCAAGGGCAGCUGGUCCCCUCGCAGCAGUGUCAGGCCAUCGCUGCCCCCAAGACCGACGUCAACACCGUCGACCAGUUCCCCAAGUUCGAGUUUCAGCCUGCCUGGAUGAGGGGCAAGGAAUUCUGGGACACCAACUUCGAGAAGCGAUACCUCAAGCGGAGGGCCAAGUGGAAAAAGCUGCCACUCAAGGUGUUCUUAAUGCCUCACUCCCACAACGACCCGGGAUGGCUGAAGACCUACGAGGAAUAUUACUUCCACCAGACCAGCAAGAUCCUUCAGAAUAUGAUAGAGAAGCUCAGGGUUCACACCAACAUGACUUUCAUAUGGUCCGAGAUCUCUUUUCUAUCGCUAUGGUACGAAAGAGCUCAUCCAACAUUGCGGCAACAGCUGAAGGAUCUAGUGUCGUCGGGUCGUCUGGAGGUGGCUACGGGCGGCUGGGUCAUGACGGAUGAGGCUAACGUUCACCUCUACGCCAUGCUCGACCAGCUCAUUGAAGGUCACCAGUGGUUAUCAAAUGUCCUAGGAGUCCAGCCAGUCAGUGGCUGGUCUGUCGAUCCAUUUGGACACGGUGCAGCUGUACCGUACCUACUACAAGAAUCGGGAGUUAAAGCAACAGUUGUGCAGCGAAUACAUUAUGCUUGGAAACAAUGGUUAGCAGAGCAGCAGCUAGGAGACUUUCAGUGGAGACAGGUGUGGGACUCUACUGGAGAAAAUGAUAUCCUUUGCCACAACCGCCCAUACGAUAUCUACUCUAUAAAACAUUCCUGUGGACCACAUCCCCAGAUAUGUCUUGGAUAUGACUUCCGCAAGGUUCCUGGGGAAUAUACAGAAUAUACCAUAAAAUCUGUGCCUAUAGAUGAUCACAAUGUAAAGAAAAAGGCUGAACUUCUUUUGGAACAGUAUGGACGCACAGGGUCGCUUUAUCCUCAUAAUGUUGUCCUUGUCCCUAUAGGCGAUGAUUUUCGUUAUGAUCAUGCUUCGGAAUGGGAUCAACAGUACACUAGCUAUCAUCGUCUUUUGACUCACAUCAACAGUGACCCAAAAUAUCAUGCCACAAUUCAAUUUGGAACACUUAAAGAUUAUUUUGCAGAAGUACAAAAUCGAAUGCGUGAUUAUCCUAGCCUUCAGGGUGACUUUUUUGUGUAUAGUGAUAUCUUUAGUGAAGGUCGACCCGCUUACUGGAGUGGUUAUUAUACUACCAGACCUUAUUGGAAGGUUUUGGAUCGACAGUUAGAAGCUUCUUUACGAUCUGCAGAGAUCCUGUACACCUGGGCAUAUGCUUGGGCAGUGCAGGAAGGCCAAGCUAGAGUGGUUCAACUCUUAGAAAAAGAUUAUGAAAAAUUAGUGCGUGCUAGGAGAAAUUUGGCACUCUUUCAACAUCAUGAUGCCAUUACAGGGACAUCUAAAGCUUAUGUGAUGCAUGACUAUGCUAUUAAGCUUCAUGAGGGGUUGCAUGAUACCUUGGCACUGGCUGGUGAAGCAGCUGAAGCCCUGCUUCUGACACCAGCGGCUAUGGCUGCUCUCGACCAUCGAGCAGCACCUCUCCAUCACCUUCAUCCAGAUUUUGAACGUUCAACGUAUGAGCGAUUACCUCGCAAACUGCCAUUAGCUAUACCACGCAGUCAGCCUCGCCUUAUAGUAAUGUUCAAUUCUCUGGGGCAACGCCGGUAUGAAGUAGUUAAAGUUUUGGUUUCUUCCCUUGAUAUUAGGGUGACUGAGGAGCAUGGUCAUGAUGUACCCAUCCAAAUUAAUCCAGUAUGGAAUGAUACUGGAAAUGGCAUGUCCAUCCUCUCUUCACAAUUUGAGUUACUCUUUGUUGCAGAUUUGCCAGCACUGAGUGUGAUUACUUAUAGUAUUCACCACACAUCUAGACCUACAACAGAUUUACGUGCAUCAGUGUAUUCUAAUAAUUAUGCUCCUGCUCCGGAUCAAAACUACUCUCCGCCUUUUGAAACACGUGAUGUCCUGCCUGGUGAUAUUCAGCUCGAAAGUGAUCACCUCAAAUUAUUGUUUGAUGGUACAACAGGUAUGCUGCGUUCCAUCACAGACAAAACCAGUGGUCGUGUCACACAGACUGCAGUACGAUAUGCAGCAUACCCUUCUGCUCAGUUUAAAUCGGGGGCUUAUUUAUUUAAGCCUGACCCAAAUGCCCGAGAGCCUGAAGAAGAUGUAUUGGCAGGUGCAAAGCCACGCCUGUUCAUUCAUUCUGGUCCAGUGGCAUCAGAACUGAGUGUGAUGUUUGGAUCAGUACUAAUGCACACAACUCGCAUCCUUCAUGUAACCCACCAGCCUCUUGCAUCUGCUGUUUAUAUGGAAAAUGUGUUUAAUUUAGGUGCCCGUUACAAUAGUACCGAGACGCCUGGUUUUCCACCUCAUUUCCGUGAAACAGAAAUGUUUAUGCGUAUUAUGACAGACAUUGACAAUGGUGCAGAACCUACUCUUUAUACAGACCAGAGUGGCCUCAAUAUGCAAAAACGUGUGCGUGUUCAGCGUAUUGGUAUACAAGGUAAUUAUUUCCCUAUUACUUCAGCUGCAAUGAUUGAGGACAAUGGACCUGGAAGGCGACUCACAUUGCUCACAGACCAUGCUGCUGGAGCUGCAGCCUGGCAACAAGGUUGGCUUGAAGUAAUGGUGGAAAGAAGAACUUUUUAUGAUGAUGCUCGUGGUAUGGGUGAGGGAGUGACAGAUCAGAAACGUACUGUAGGUCGGUAUUGGUUGUUAGUAGAGGAUACGCGGGGCCCAGAACCAGUGGCUCGUCUGUCUCUUGCAGCUCAUUACCUUGCCAAUGACCUUAAUUAUCCAACUACUCAACUUAUCAACGAAGGUCUUGAUGCCGACCAACUUAAUUCGGUGGCACAUCUCAUAACUCGUCCACUGCCUUGUACACUGCACCUGGUGACUUUGCGCACCUUACCAGAGCCACAGUACCCAAGUUUGUUACCAUCCCGCACAACACUGAUGGUAAUUCAAAACCAGUCGCCUUCCUGCACAACCUCUGCUUCUGUCUCUACCUGCAAUGGAUUAGGGGACUCUCCCUUUCCUGGCACUGAACUCACACUGCAGAUUGCCAACAUGCAGCGAACGUCUUUGACAGCAACCAGUAGCAAGGGACCCCUAGCAACCCUGCCAGACCUUAUUGUUCCUCACCACAGGCUUAGGGCUGUUACUUUAACCUUUCCCCAUCCACCUACUCCUCCUCCACCUGCUGAAUAAACUAUUACACAUCUUUAAAAAGGUCUGUUAUUCUCCUUGAAUAUCUACUUGCUCUGCUUUCACUAAAUGACACUCUUGGUUUCCAUCUUUAAUGUACUCAUUUGCUCGGGGCUCUCUGCACACUUGGUGCUUUUUACAUAGUGGAUUAAAUUCCACCAAAUCUGCCAAAGCCAAAGUAUAUUGCAUCCACAUAACAUGUACUGAGUUUGCAAAUCCAGUUAAUAUCAUUUUUAUAUGCACUGUAUACACUUUAUUUGGAAUAAAGUUUUGGAAAAUUAAAGACAAGAAACAUGAA